AUGGAAAAAUUUCCUUCUUUAUGCAUUAAUUCAAUUAUUGAAAAUUUUUCCGAUAAUCCUCAUUUUUUACAUUCCUGCCUUUUAAUUAAUAGACAUUGGUGCAUAAAUACUAUCCCAGUUUUAUGGCGAGAUCCAUUCCGUGUAGUGUCUUUAAAAUCCUCGGCUUAUUUAAUGAAUUCAUAUUUGCAAUGUUGUUCAAACGAAGAGUUAUAUGAAAUCUUAGGAAAAUUGGAAAAUUCAAAUGUAGCACAUUUUGAUUACCCUCAAUAUUUGAGAACUUUAAAUAUAUCUCGAAUUGGGGUGGUUAUUCAAAUUUGGUUAGAACCUCAAUUCUCCAAUUUUAAAUUCAAUUUUGUGUGGGGUGAAAAACAAAAAUAUUAUUUAAAAUCAUUUUGUAGAUUUUUUACAAGUAGAUCAUCAGCGAUUCAUUCAAUUGUAGUAGAUUUGUCUCUAUCAUUACAAGAGAAUGAAGUUUCUAAGAUUCCCGAAAUAUUUACACAUCGAAAUGCUAAAUCAAGUAUUUCAAAUUUACGAGAAGUUAAAUGUCAUGGAAUGUUUGAAAAAACUGGAUUUCUUCAAUUUGUAGCUAAAACUUCAAAUAAUAUUAAUAAGUUAUCAGUUUCAGUUAUACGAACAAAUAGUGAAUUAACAUCAAUGGUGAAUUUAAUUAAUGCUCAAAAAUUUUUAUGUGACAUUUCAAUUGAGGAUUGUUAUGAUAAUCUCAACAUGAUCGCUAGAGCUUUAAGUCACAAAUCAUCAUUAAAACAUAUAAAGUUAGUAGGAGGAAGAUUUAAUUGUGAAGAUUUAAAAUCUUUAACGAAAUGUUAUCAAUUGAAAACUUUGAUGAUCGUUGAAUGUGAAUCUCUAGAAAAUGAUUCAAAGGAUGAAUUUUAUAACAUUGAAAAAAUUCAAUCACUAAGUAAAUUAUACAAAAUCACAUUAAGAGAUACUUUUUUACCAGGAAAAUUAUUAGCAUUUUAUUUUCAAGCAGCUAAUUCUAAAAUUCAAGAAGUUGAAUUAAGUGGAUUAAUGCCAUUCGAUACUCAUAUAAUAAUCAAAGCAAUAACUUUACACUGUCCAAAUAUUAAUAAAUUGAGUGUAACAAUAGAUGAAGGACAUUACGAUAAUCUUUACGGAUUACUUCAAUCAUGCAAAAAAUUAACUAGCAUUUUAAUUGAUAGUAUUACGAAAGAAGAAGAUGGAUCAUUUGAUAUUGAUAGAGAUAAAGAAGUAGAAGCAAAUGAAAUUUUACCAUUAUUUGGAAAAUGUAUUCCAUCAUCUUUAAAAUUAUUAAAGAUUUGGUCAAAUUGGGUAUUUACACCAGAAAGUCUUGAGAAAUUUUUUAUUAAUUGUUCAGCGAAAAUCGAAACUCUUGAUAUUGCUUAUUGUGAAUGUAUCACCGAUCAUCACCUUGAUGUUUUUUUAAAAUAUACCAAAGGAAUUUUAAAGAAUCUGGAUAUAGAUCGAGCAAGGAAUUUAUCCAUAGAGGCAUUAAGUUAUGCUCGACAAUUCAUGAAUAUUGAAGGUAAUGGAAAUUCUUAUAAUGAAGUCCCUUAUGAAAGUUCUUUAUGGGGAUAUCAUAGAUUUAGAAAUAGUAAUAAUAGUGAAGAUUCAAAUCUCUUUGAAGAAGAAUCAACGGAAAAUUUCGUGAUGUACCUGGCUUUAGACGACCCCCAAUAUUGGUUAUUCCAAAAAUAUCUCGAAAAUGGAAGGAACAUCAAAAACGAAACUUUCGCAUUUACUAAUAACUCUGAAAAUUCAUGGGCACAACGGUUUGACGAAUUAAAGUAUCGAGUCGCGUCUUUUAUACUAAAACUUACCACUCCAUGUCAAUGGCUAAUUCUUACAGUGGCUCCCCUUCAUCUCCAAGAAUCAAAGCAAGAGAAAGCAGCUAUUGAAGAAAAAAUUAUAAACGAAGAAUACAAGAUCUGGAAGAAAAACUCUCCAUUUCUAUAUGAUUUGGUUAUUACUCACGCGCUUGUAUGGCCAACUUUAACGUGUCAAUGGUUUAAAGAUAUUGAUAGACCUGAAGGAAAGGAUUAUACUGUUCAACGUAUAUUAAUCGGAACUCAUACAUCAGAUAAUGACCAAAAUUAUGUUGAAAUUGCAAGUAUUCAACUUCCAAAGAACGAUGUCAACAUAGAUCCUCGUAAAUAUGAUGAAGAGAAAGGAGAAGUAGGAGGUUUUGGCGGUACUACUGAAACUAGAAUUAAAGUUAUUCAAAAAAUUAAUCACGAUGGAGAAGUUAAUCGAGCACGUUACAUGCCACAGAAUCAAGAUAUAAUUGCUACCAAGACUGUUGAAGGAGAUGUUUACAUAUUUGAUCGUACAAAGCAUCCAUUAAUACCUACUGAUGGUAUUUGUCAACCUGAAUUAAAGUUGAGAGGUCACACUAAGGAAGGAUACGGUUUAUCAUGGAGUCCAUUUAAAGAUGGUCAUAUAUUAGAUGCUUCAGAAGAUGCCACUAUUUGCCAUUGGUUAGAUACACGAACAAUGGAUCCAUUUCGAGUUUAUCGAGGACAUGAAGCGUUUGUUGAAGAUGUAGCAUGGCACACUCUUGAAGAGCAUGUAUUUGCUUCAGUAGGCGAUGAUCAAAAACUUUUAAUUGAAGUGAAUACAGUUGCAUGGAAUCCUAUAAACGAACAUAUCUUAAUUACUGGUUCCGGCGACAAGACUCUUAAUUUGUGGGAUCUUCGCAAUCUCAAAAUUAAACUUCACACAUUAAUUCAUCAUCAAGGUGAAGUCUUACAAGUUGAGUGGUCUCCUCAUGAUGAAACCAUUUUGGCAUCUGCUGGAGGUGAUAGAAGGGUCAACAUAUGGGAUCUAAGUCGGAUAGGUUCGGAACAGACUGCUGAAGAUGCAGAUGAAGGUCCACCCGAGUUAUUGAUUUCUGACUUCAGUUGGAAUCCUCAUAUACCAUGGGUGAUCUCUAGCACUGCAGAAGAUAAUAUUAUUCAAGUUUGGCAGCCAGCAGCAAACAUUUAUUCUAUUGAUGAUAGAGAAAUUCCUCCAGAAGAAUUGGAAGAUUAA